AUGUCAAAACCAACUCUGAUUUUCGCUGCGGGCGCGUGGUUCCCGCAAACCGCCUUCGACCCAAUCAUUGAGAAGCUCGACUUCCGCUGCCACAGCGUUGCAUUUCCCUCCAUCCAUGAGGCAAGUUUAGCCGUCGACCUCCAGCCAGACAUUGAAGCCGUCCGAUCUUUGGUGCAGCAGGAGGCAGAUGCAGGCAAUGAGGUCGUCAUUAUCGCACAUGGCUGGGCUGGGUUACCCGUCAGCAGUGCAUUGGAUGGUUUGAGCAAGUCGGAACGUGAACAGGCCGGCCAAAAGGGCGGUGUUGUGAAGCUCAUAUUCAUCACUGCUUUCUUGCCUAAUGUGGGCGAGAGUCUCAUCGGAGCCUUUGGUGGAAUGCCUCCACCGUGGUAUGAGCUCGAUGAAGAAGAUGGGACAGUAAUUGCGAGUGAUCCGCUUGUGCUGUUCCUCCAUGAUGUUCCUGAUGGCGCGGAAUGGGUGAAAUCGCUCAAGCCCCAUGCGUGGGCGACCCAGAUUGCACCUGCUACUGGGGCGGCGUAUUACAAUAUCCCCACUGCCUAUCUGCUAUGUGAAGACGAUCGCGCCACUCCCUUGCCAGUGCAGCAGGUUCUCGUCGAGCGCGCCCGUCGAAAGGGGGCAGCGAUUGAGACGGACAAGAUUAAAUCUGGACAUGCACCGUGGCUGGCUUUGCCCGAUCAGUUUAUCGCUUAUAUUAGAAAACAUGCCGGAGAUUAG